GUGUUUUCAAGCAGUUGUUCGUGAGAUUGUAUAAACUUUGAAAUAUUAUCAGUAUUGGACCGAGUUUCAUACCGUUCUCACUCGUCAGGUUUUGCGGUUUGCAGAUAAAUUCCUGACCGUCAAUAAAAUGAUGGAGAAAAAAAUCUUUUUUGUUCUUGCUGUAAUAUUUGCCUGCAUCUCCAGUAAUGCAGCAUUCACUCAGAGCAGAGCCGGAGAGGACGGUUCCAACUGGAUGAAGAAUAACAUUGGUCUCUUGGGCAGAAGAACAUUGAAGCAGAUAUGUAUUCCAGGAUCACACGAUUCCGGGAUGAGCGUAUAUAAUAAAGGUACGGCUUUGGCACAUCCUUGCAAUGUCUUAACACAGAGUGUUCCGAUUAGAAACCAGUUGGAGUUCGGCGCGAGGUACUUCGACGUACGCCCUGUGCUGGAAAAAGGAGAAUUCCUCACAGGACAUUACAGCAAGCUACCAGGAGGUAACUAUCAGGGAGGAAACGGACAAUCCAUCAAGUCCAUUCUGGACGAAAUCAACAAGUUCAUCGCGAGUCAUAACGAACUUGUCCUCGUCCGGUUGUCGAAGAGUCUCAACACUGAAAAAAGUCGUCCAUUCGACAGUCAAGAAUGGGAAAGGCUCUUCCAAGUGCUGGACAAUACCAAAAACUUGUUCUAUACAUCCAAUGGGAAUAUUUAUUUGCCUGGAGUAACAUUAGAUCAAUUCACGAACAAGGGAAAGAAAGGAGCCGUCCUUUAUAUAAUCAACGAAGCCGGAGUCAACCUGGGUUCGAGGCUUGGCAAAGGGUACUUUUACUACUCCAAUCUCGACCCGUACAGCAAGUAUAGCAACACGCACAGUCUUCAAACGAUGAUGAAGGAUCAGAUUAACAAGAUGAAGGAUGCUUCCAGAAACAGCUACUUCUUGUUGUCUUGGACCCUGACUCAAGGAGGCAAGAACGCAGGGCUCUGUAGAGUCAAAUUGGGAAAGAGCAUCAAAGACCUUUCUGCUGAAGCCAACAGCAAGCUGUGGGACAUCGUUCAAGAGGUCAGCCAGCAUGCUUUCCCCAACAUCUUAUACGUAGACGAUAUCAGGGACACGAGUGUUGUCAAUGUAGUUAUGGAAAUCAAUAAGAGACUUAAUGCAUAAUUUAUUGUUGUUU